AUGGCCGAAGAUGAUACGGAGCCUAGCGAUCUUAACGUCGACGAAUGCCAGCAUACGGGCCAGAGAGGCAGACUCCCCAUUUCUACAACUGGUGAUUCGGACAGAAAUUAUGGUCUCGUUGGCGAGUCUUCGAUGCAGGGUCAGCUUGUCGCCAGCUUGGACGAUAGCGAUUCAGAAUACGAAGAAGUUGAAGUGGCAGAUGACUGGGACGGUGAUGAGCGUGGUGUUUACCAGAACCCUUUGAAGCGACAAAGGAUAGAAGAAUUCGACGAAGAUGAUAUCGCUUUUCAACUCCAGGCUGCAGCUGAAGGUUUGGACGAGUCUGGCAUGGGUAGUCUCUGGGGGACUGCGGGGAAUAUCACUGAGCUGGAACACGAGGACGCCCCAACAGUGUUUAAGUCAUUACUGGACGAUUUCGGCAUCAACCCAUAUAGCUCCUGGGAGAAGAUAAUCGAGGAAGGCAAGCUCUUUGACGACCCACGUUAUACUAUUUUGGAAACGAUGAAAGCUCGAAAAACGGUGUGGGAGGAUUGGUCAAGAACGAAGAUCAGGGGAUUGAAAGAGCAAAAGGCCAAGGAGGAGAAGGCAGACCCGUUACUUUCAUAUUUGUCAUUCCUGCAAAGGUGUGCAACUCCAAGGCUAUUCUGGCCAGAGUUCAGAAGAAAAUACAGAAAAGAAGCAGAAAUACGGGAUUUGUCGCUAUCGGACAAGGAAAAAGAGAAAUGGUACCGCGACUACGUCAAUCGCCUGAAACUCCCGCCGGCGACUCUGAAAUUGGAUUUCACCAAGCUUCUCAAGACCAUACCUGUGGAGGGUGUGGAGGAAAAUAUCUUGCCACGGCAAAUAGCAACGGAUAUCCGUUACAUCUGUCUUGACGCAAAGGUCAGAGAACCCUUGAUCAAGGCAUAUUUUCAAUCAAUUCGAGGAAAUGCUUCUUGA